GCAAAGUCCUUCAGUGAGGUCCCUGGCUUAUUAGGGGGUAUUCCCUAAUGAAUGAGUGAAGUGUUUGGUCCAAAGAGUGUGUUUCCAAAGGAGCAUUCCGUACUUUGGCCUUGGGGUGGGAGCAGGCAGCUCUAUGGAAGGGUCAGCUCAGUUACUGUGGCAGCCCCAGAAGCAGCGCGAGCACUGGGAAUUCUUAGCAAAGGAGAAGAAAACAAAACCAGCCGUUUUCCUGCCACAGUCUAAAGUGUAGUGGCAAUGGGGUCUGAAUUUCCGCCGUUUUUUUCACUAUUUCUUUAUGAUUAUAUUGGUCCUUUGCAGGACUACGUACAUGCUCUUUAUGAGCUACUCACUGGCUCAAUGCGUGAUGUCACAUCCUUCUUUAUUGUCUUUUUCCACGUAUUCAGACUUUUUCUCUCUUCAUUUCAGAAGAAGGAAGUGCCAGACCAUAGAGUUGCAGGCACUCUCACAGACCCCAACCUCUUAAAACUCUUCUCCAGCUGAGCAGUGUAUUCUGACGUGUCUUGAAGUCAGGGACCGAUCAUGAUGGCUGUCUCGGGAGAGCAGGCUCCGGCUGGAGAGAGAAUGCUCAGGAUGCCCAGCUGCCUCCUAAAGCUGACCAGGGUGGUGCUGAGCCACAAGCCCUGGGCUCUGUUUAUCCUCAUCCUUGCAUUCGUAUCCUUUGUCUACCACAAGUUGCACUGGGGCAUCUGGGAGGACCCAAACAGCAGAGGCCACCCCUACGGCUUGUCAGAUGAAAUCAGCUGUGCUCACUAUGUGCCUUCUUCCCUCAACAUUGCUGCUGGGCUCUCUCCUUCCACAGGGAAUGUGUUUUUUGUGGAGACAUCAGAGCAAACUACCCCAAGUUACCUGUUCUCAUGCUCUGUGGAGUCAGCAGCCAGGGCACACCCUGGGUCAAGGGUCACGGUCCUCAUGAAAGGCAUGGCCAAAGGGAACACCUCCUUACCCAAGCACUGGGCUUUCUCCUUGCUGAGCUGCUUCCCCAACGUGGAAAUCCAGCCCCUGGACUUGACAGAGCUCUUUUCUGGAACGCCUCUGGCACAGUGGUACUUGCAGCCUCAGCGCUACCAGGAGCCUCAUUUUUUAGCCGUUCUGUCUGAUGCCUGCAGGAUUGUCCUCAUGUGGAAAUUUGGUGGCAUCUACCUGGAUACAGACUUCAUUGUGCUUAAGAACUUGCAGAACCUCACCAAUGCCCUUGGGAUCCAGGGUGAUGACGUACUGAAUGGGGCCUUUCUCUCCUUUAAGCCCAAGCACGAGUUCAUGGAACUUUGCAUGCAGGACUUUGUGCAGAACUACAAUGGCUGGGUCUGGGGGCGCCAGGGCCCAGAGCUCCUAACUCGUGUCUUCAAGAAAUGGUGCUCCCUCAGAACUAUCAAGAGCAUGAGCUGCAAAGGUGUGAGUGCUCUUGCCCCAGAAGCUGUGUAUCCUAUUCCGUGGCAGAACUGGAAGAAGCUGUUUGAGGCAGUCAGUGACUUGGAGCUUCACAAACUCCUUGAGCACAGCUAUGCAGUGCACAUAUGGAACAAACUGAGCCACGGGACCAAGUUAGAGAUCCCAUCCCAGGCUCUGCUGGCUCAGCUCUAUUCCCAGUUCUGCCCCGCCACCUAUGCAAAGAUGAAACAGGACUCUGAAGAGUGGGCAAGGCGUGCAGUGUGACCUGUGGGCCCUUGGCUGCAGGGAUGCUCCCCAGACUGAAGGAAGCUGAGUGCCUUUGACCUUCCCCAGAGUUGGUUUCUAGACCCCAGCUCAGGUUUUCUGUGUGAUGCCUCUGUGCUUUUGUACCAUUCCUGAUACCUGCCUCAGAUCCUUUGUGUUUCAAUGUACAGAAGAACGUGUGUUCAGCCUCUCUUGCUGUCCUUCAGGGCCAGAGAAAGGUUUAACUCAUCCAUCAGUGUCUCUCGGUUGUUCCUCUCCUAGUGUUCUCCAAUGGCUCCUCCUUGUAUCCCGGUCUGAGCAGCACAUUGUGAUCUUUCAACAGCUGUAGGAACCCCUGCCUUGCUCUCUAUAGUAUUUGAAAAUUUCACGGAAUAUUCUGAGUUGGAAGACACCCAUAAUGAUCAUUGAAUCCAACCCCUGUCCCUGCCAGGGGAUGGGACACCCCAACAAUCAUGCUCUGUGCAUGAGAGCAUUGUCCUUGGGGCUGUGUCCAUUCCUGGGGGAGCCUGUUCAAUGCCCCACCACUCUCUGGGGGAAGAACCUUUUCCUGAUAUCCAGCCUAACCCUCCCUGACACAGCUC